UAAGGCUCUGGUCUGUUUAGUGAAGCAACAGUCCACUGCAAAGUUUACUGCCGUCAUGACUACCAAGGUUGUGUUUUUGGCCGCCCUAGUGGCUGCAGCCCUCGCCAGGCCUGACACUGCCAGUUCUUCACCUUACUCUGCUGCUGUCGCUUAUCCUGACACGCCUCCCCAGUACAACACUCAGUUCGCUGUUAGGGACGAAUUUGGCAACGACUUCAGUCAACAAGAAUCCCGUGACGGCUACAACACCCAGGGCUCUUACACGGUGAACCUUCCUGACGGUCGUGUGCAGAGGGUGAAUUACAGAGUCGACGGCGAAUCCGGCUAUGUGGCUGACGUGACCUACGAGGGUGAGGCACUGUACCCAGCCGCAGCACCCUCCUAUACGCCAGCACCUACCUAUACUUAAAGUGACCUGAAAAUUUACGAUUAAUUGGGUGUAAAUAAUCAUAUUUAUUUACUAAUUUACUUUAAUAAAAAUAAUUAGAUACUA